CAAUGUGGUACUUAAUGCAGGCACAUGUGCUAAAACAAUAUCCGGCAAAGGUACGCCUCACAACUCUGCAGUGUUUGUUUAGCUGCGUGCAGUCUUCGGUUUGGGCCAUGGCAAUGGUAAGGGAUACUUCAUCAUGGAAGCUUCACUGGGAUAUUAAUCUCCUCUCAGUCGCCUAUUGUGGCAUAAUUGUGACGGGCAUUACAUAUUGGUUACAACUUUUUACAGUGGAUAAGAAAGGGCCAGUCUUCGUGGCCAUGUUUACUCCACUAGCACUCAUUGUAACUGCAGUAGUUUCUGCAUUUUGUGGAAGGAAAAACUUUAUUUGGGAAGGUACUUGA